AUGUCUUUCGCUGAAGCAAAUUGCGCACGUUUGCAUAUUGACAGUAAAGUGCUAAGGUUGUUCCUUAGCGUCUUAUACAAAAGUUCUUUCAAAAUGGCAAAGAGAACAACUACAGAAGAACGAAUGGUAAAAGAGGAGGAUUCGGAAAUACUGCAUGUCACCAGCACAAUUUCGGAAAUGAAAAUUUCUGGUAGUAAACAUUCAAGAAAUGCGAAAGACAAAGUUGUGAACAUUGAAAGUGAAUAUCCGAAAACUUCUCCUGGGGAUCAAACUACAAACAGUCAACAACUAAAAAGCUUCGUUGACGAAGAGAAAGUAUCUGAACUUGACCAGGACCAGGAUCAAACACAUCCAGCAUACAUCCCUCGCAUAGGACAAUUUUUCAUGCACGAUACUCGUGAAACUUGUGAGAGAAUUACACCACAUCUGUUGUCUCGUGCUGAUUGUAAGUGGCGGCAUGAUUUAUACAACGAAAUAGAUCAGAUACCAAUGUCUAAUCAGGAAUUCGCCAAGAAGUACGGUGUAGAUCGGGAAGGAAAUCCUAUCUCUUCGACUCGAAUUCGGACAUCAACGAACGUUUGGAACGCAUCACGUUGUUUUACAAGGACACAUAAGAUUCAUGGUCAUGGGGCUAAUUAUGAAAAUAAAAGAAAAGGUGUAAAAAAACAAGAAAACGGUAAUCGUUUAUCAUUCAUUGGUAAUAUACUGAAUAAAGAACAUUCUAGUGUUUGGGAAAAUAGAAAGUUAGAUGGAGGUAAAGAAGCAGAAAGCAAGUCUGAGACAAAUAAUACUGAUGAUAAUCGUGCGAAGAUGGAAAUGCGUCUUGGUAAACGUUAUUCGACACAGCGACCAAUAAAAUCGUUUGAAAUAUAG